AUGGGCGGAUCAGAUUCACCUAUUGGACCAAAACUUCGCAUUCGGCUUAAGGCAGAAAAUUCUGAAACAGAGGCUGGUCUUAAAAAUAAAAAAAAAAGAAAAUAUGUUUCAUUUAAUAAUGGGAACAUUGAAACUGCAGCAGAAGACUCCAAAGUAUCUCUUUUACUUGAAUGUAAUCCACCUUCUUUGCGUAGAGUGGAGUUCGCAGAAGUUUUGAAUAUUAAAAUAAAUCAGAAUAUUGAUAAUAAGGAAGAUACAAUUGAUCUAAUGUCAGACGAGUCGGUUGAAAAUGAAGAAACAAUAGAUUAUCUUGAUAACCUUGAGCUAGAAGCGAAAAAAAUAAUUGAGAAAAACGGCCUGAAAAACAAAUUUGAUAAUCAGGUAUCAAAACAAAACACCGAAAAUAAGGACUUCAAAAACAAUGAAGUAAACUUGCCAGAUAAUGAUUUACCUAUAAUUGUCAAUCUUGAAUGUGAUGAAGAAAACAAAACCAACCAUAGUAGCCAAGAUAACAAAAACCAGGUAAGCGCAAAUAACAGAGUUUCUUCUCCCAUAUACAACAGUUUAACACAAAUAAACAGUCAAAGUAUUUUGACUCCACAACCCAUUCAAAUCGCUCCAAAUGUUGUCCAGCAACCACUGAGAACAUUUGCUAACUCUCUAUUACUUUCAAAAGAAAAAUUUUCUUUAAGAUCUUUCACUCCAUUUGAUCCUAACUUUAACUCUGAACUCUUAUUAAAAAUUCAACUUCCAGAAUCAAUAAAUCAACUAUAUUCCUUAGAAAGUACUGCAAAACAAGAGAUAAGAGAAAUUUCUGAAAUUGAUGAAGCAGACAAGAAAAUACCAAUAGUUAUUCCAACUUGUUCUGAAUGGUUUGAUAUUGACUCUGUACACCCUAUUGAACUUGAAAUGCUUUCUCCUAUCUUUAACAAUGAAAUAAUUGAUCUAAGAGCAGACGAGAAACAAGAUUACAAGAUUGAAGUGAACGGCAAAAAGAAUAAAAACUUUUUGGAGGAAAAGACCAAUUUACUAAAUGAUGAAAAAAUUAAUGAAUAUAAGUUAAUCAGAAACAAAAUUAUUGAAAUAUAUAGGGAAACCCCUAGACAAUACCUUACUGUCACUGAAUGUAGAAGACGUAUUAUAUUUACAGGAGAUGUUGCUUUUUUACUAAAACUACAUACUUAUCUCGAAUUUUGGGGUUUAAUCAAUUUUCAAGCAGAUCCUAAAACAUUUCCUCCAAAAAUAAGGAAAUUUCGUGACUAUAGGCUUAAUGAUUUCAAUAAUAAAUACACUGAAGAUAGGCAAAUUCCAAAUGUUUCUCGUAUAAAUGAUGAAGCUAUAAACAAUCCAUUCAUAAACUCAAUGUUAGUGCAAUGCAUCUCAUGCGGAAAGUCAUGUAUUUAUUCAUAUUACAUUCUUAGAGCUGGGGUUGUUUGUGGUGUCUCAGUCGCGGUUUUGGACCGUUGUGUUUGGUGUAUUAGGUGCUACUCAGAAGGGAGAUACCCACCUAUUUUAAACUCCGGCCAUUUCAUUAAAGUUGAUACACCGGUUGUCUCAUCAUUAACCAGCCCGGAAGAAAUUCCUAGAACUGGGGUUUUAGGCAUUGCUUCCUGGACCAAAGAAGAAGUGCAGAAACUUAUUGAAGGCAUUGAAUAUUAUGGUGAUGAUUGGGAUGCAAUAUCUUAUCACCUUGGGAAUGCAAAAACACCUCAAGAAUGUGUUGCUUACUUUAUUCAACUACCAAUAGAAGAACCUUUCAUGAGGAAUAUUAACCCAUCAAAACACACAAAACCAUCAUUUCCAUUUAUGGAUGUUAGUAAUCCGCUGAUGACACAGAUCGCACUAAUAGCAUCCACAAUCAACCCUGUGGUCGCAGCAUCCGCUGCUAAGUCCGCCCUAGACAGAAUAUUGGAAAUCGAAGGUUAUAAAGAUAAAAUUCCCAAUGAAGUUUCUUUUCUUUCUGAUAAAAAAAAUCCCUUUGUUAGAGAUGAAACGGCGGAAAGUGACGCCAAUGAUACUCAUUUCACUGCGAAAGAUAACCAAUAUCUACCGCAAUUCAUACCAAAAAUUUCUUCGGCAAAAUGGCCAAGCUCUGCUUUGUUGGGCGAAGAAGGCAUUCAACAGGUUUGUUCAAAGGCUCUAGAAAACGCCGCGUUUAGAGCAAGAGAACUUGCUGAAUGGGAGAGGAAUGAGAUUCAAAAUAUAAUGCCUUACUUGAUUGAUAACACAAUUAAUAGAGUGGAGCUGAAACUAAGACAGUUUAGACAUUUGCAAUCUAUGAUAGACGAGGAAAGGAAUGUAUUGGAAGUUAGACUUGAAAAAAUAAAGAAAGAAGACGAUGAAAUCAAAUCCAAACUUAGUAACGCUAGGAGCCAAAUUAUUUCAAAACAAACUUUAAGAUUGUAG